GAUUGAACAAGGUCAGUACCAAUUACUUUCCACCUUUGUUGAAAAUUUAGCCAUCCCUUCAAAAGUUAAAGCUUAAAAUCCUAUCAUUCCAUACCUUUCUUCAACAUUUAGUCAUCCCUUCCAACACCUUUACCACAAUCUCUCUCAUGGAUUGCUGUAGCAUCAACAUAAGACUUCCAUUGGUACUGGCCUUAGCAGCAAUGCUAAUAGCCUUUGCAUCAUGUGAUGAUCAUGAUUCAAAGGAGAGAGAAGAGUGUGCAGAAUCAGUAGUGGGACUCGCAACUUGUCUCCCUUAUGUAGGAGGAACGGCAAAAUCCCCCACGCCGGAUUGCUGCAGCGGCCUCAAACAGGUGUUGAACACCAACAAAAAGUGUGUGUGUGUGAUCAUUCUAGAUAGAAAUGAUCCAGAUUUAGGGCUCAAUAUCAAUCUCACUCUUGCUCUAGGCCUUCCCCAGGCUUGCAAUGCACCAACCAACAUUUCUCAGUGCCCUGCUCUGCUAGGGCUGGCACCAGAUUCACCAGAUGCUCAGAUAUUUUACGAAUCCGGCAAUGGUACCCAUGUUGCUCAAGGUCCUAACGAUAAUGUGAAGCCUGCCGCUCCAUCAGAUAUUACAACUCCAGGAAGCAGUGUUGAGCAGCAAAAUGAUGAUGAUGAUUCUGCUUCUGCAAAUGGGAAGGGAUCUAAUGGACUCAAAAUAUUUGCUGGAGUCUUGUUUUUGUGGUCUGUGAAAAUUUGAGGAUUUCAAAUUCAGUUUCUUCUAAUAUGUACUCAAACAUUCAGUGUCUUGUGGUGUAGUAUUGAAUAUCUCUUUAUACAAAUAUACAUUUUCUAAAUUA